CUACCCAAGGUCUGUGUGCAUUAUAACAAAGGUGAUGGACCUUACGGAUCUUGUACCUAUAAAAAGAUGUGCACCAAACUGCAUGUUUGCCAGUACUUUUUGCGGGGACAGUGCAGGUUUGGCACCAACUGCAAGCGAUCCCAUGACUUACUAAAUUCAGAAUGUUAUGAGAAACUGGAGAGACAGGGAAUGAGCUCAGACGUUAUUGAGAAACUACCCUCCAUUUAUAGGAAUAUGUAUGACAUACAAAAUGGCAACAGCAACAUGUAUGACAUAGAAGAUGCCAAGUCUUCACCUUGCAAAGAGAGAAAACACAGCUCUAGCCGAGAGUCCUCAACUACAAAUGAUGAUGAAAUGGAACAGAUCUGUUUAUAUCAACUGUACAGAACCUGUGGCUUUAAAGACAAGUGUAUGAGAACUCAUUUUCACUUGCCAUAUAGAUGGCAGAUCUCUGAUGGUAAUACCUGGAAGGACUUGAAGAACAUGGAAGAAAUAGAAAAAGCAUAUUGUGACCCCAGGAAUGCCAGAUUUAAUAAUGGUGUUACUGAAAGUGGCUCUGUCUUGCCAUGUAUCAGUUUUCUGGAUAUGCACUGUGGGUCUGCAAAGAUUAGACGCCUUUCUACAGCCUCCUCUGUGACCAAACCCCCUCAUUUCAUUUUUACAACAGAAUGGAUCUGGUACUGGAAAGAUGAAUAUGGCCUGUGGCGGGAGUAUGGAAAAAAAGAUGAUGAUCAUGCAGCUGCCACUAUCUCCAGUGAUGACCUGGAGAAAGCGUAUAUAUACAAAGGUUCUCCAAAACUGAACUUCAAAGCUGGAAGACAUGAAUAUGAACUCAGUUUUGGAGACAUGAUUCAGAAGAACCUUCACUACAGAACAGUGAGAGAAAUUUGCAGAAGACCUAAAUUUGUUUCUCAGAGAGAGGUAGAAGACUCAAGAAGAAGGGCCCUUAAACAUACAGAAGAGUUUAAAGGCAUUCCAGCUCACUGGGACAAAUCUGCCCUGCCUGAACUGGGAUUCAAGCUGGUUGAGCUUGACAGUUCUUCUGAAGAAUACAAGAAAGUCAAGGUGGACUUUCAACGCACAAUGCCCAAAACAGUUAUUAAAAGGAUUCGUAGAGUUCAGAACCCAUCUCUCUGGGAAAUAUAUCAAUGGCAGAAGGAACAAAUGCAGAAGAGCAAUGGUGGAAAGGCUGUGGAUGAGCGAUUUUUAUUUCAUGGGACCAGUAAAAAUUACAUUGAUGCCAUCUGUCAGCAGAACUUUGACUGGAGGAUCUGUGGCCUUCAUGGGACAGUCUACGGGAAAGGAAGCUAUUUUGCAAGGGAUGCAUCGUACUCUGACAAUUACUGCAGGGAAAACUCAAAUUCCAAGACCAUGUUUCUGGCUCGGGUCCUGGUGGGAGAGUUCACUCUUGGUAGUUCUUCUUAUGUUCGGCCUCCCUUGAAGGACAAUCAGAAGUUCUAUGACAGUUGUGUGGAUAACUCUUCAAACCCUUCUAUCUUUGUCAUCUUUGAGAGGCAUCAGAUUUAUCCAGAGUAUCUCAUAGAAUACACUGACCAGGCAUUGGCAAAAAUGCUAUAGCACCAGUGCCUGACAUCAUUAUGUUUAGGUGGUAUAAAUGUUUUUUUUAGUAUUUGCUUAAGAAAGAAAAAGUGAUGUUUAGAAGUUGUGUAAUUGAGUAGGUGAAUGUUCAUAAACAUUUAUUCUCUAUACUUUCUGUGCAAUAGAAAAAGAAGGGUAAAAAGACACAAAUGAUGUCUUGGGAUUCUUAAAAUCCUGUCCCUGUCCCUGUCUCCUAUUCUUCAUGUUUCCUUGCAUUACUAGAGACUUCUAUAAAUUCAGUAGGUGAGUUCACUGGUGGUUGUAACAUGAAGAUUGGCUAUGACUGCCAAGUUUAAACAAUAUUUAGUUAUAAUUAUGUUUCAGGAUCUUUACACAUGCUUAUUGAUCAGAGGAUGUUUCCUCCUACCUGUUAAUGUUUUAACUCAAAACUUGCUUUUUUCAAUAAUGUCUCUUGUAAUAAUAGACAUUCAGGUGUUUGCAAAUGAGACUGUCUCGGUGUUCAACUCACUGCAUAAAUUCUGAACAGCAUUGAUUUUUUUUGUCCCUAUUCAAUCUUCACCAACAAAGCCUCAAAAAUUAAACUUGCUUGUUGAAAAGGAACAGAGGCUUAUUUUCACUUGUUAGUUUUCUCCUUUGAAACAAGUACCAAAGACAUGAAGCAUAGCAAGGGUUGCUUGUGCCGUGCUACUCAGUUGACUUACUGUAUCAAAUAAAUGCUGUAUUUUAGGUGUGUGAGAAGACAAAUUUUUCAUGACUUUGUGCCUACAAGUGAGGAAGUGGUGUCAGGUGCCAGGGGGAAAGAAGCAGAGGCAACUCACCCUGUCAUUUAAGAAUAUCCUACUUAGGAGUGAAAGACACUGUUUGCACUGCUUGAUUAGCAAUACCCUGUUUCUGUGGAACAACUUUAUGGUUCUGUUACAGCUGUUGGGAAGGACAGUGAGGGACUGUCUCUCACUAGGUGUACUGCCCGUUUGGUUGCAGGAGAUAAACUGGUUACCUGUGUAAUCAAAGGUGGCUUUGGACUUUCUUCCAGGGAAAAACAUGCUUACCUGGGGUGUCAUCUUCAGCAACAGAGCUGAGACCUUUACAAAUCUGAAGAUUAAGCUGGAUAUUUAAUUGUUUCCAGGCAAAAGAUGUUAUUAGUGUUGAGCAGUCAGCAUACGUGUAUGCAGAUAAUUAAAAAAACUUGAACUGUUAAGUAUUUCUUAAGACUAAAGUUGCUGAUGCAUAGACAGAUACUUUAUCACAGCUUUAAUGCUUCUAAAUGAGUACCUGUUAGCUAUAGUGUACUACAAAAGCCUUAAGAUAUACUUUGUUUAGGACCAAAAAAAGUUCAUGUCUACCUGUAUUGUAGAAGCACUUGUUUUUAAUUCAUCUGGAUGAUGAGUGAUAGGUGUAUACUGGGUAACUUCAUUACUUCAGCACUGUGAACCAGAAGCUUAGCCAUGUUUAGCUGGAGUAAGGCUGUGCAGAACUCCUUUUUAUGUAAAACUAGCAGCACGAUACCUAAAGGAAAAUAACUCCUAUUCGUGUUUAAACCCAGUAAAACACAGGAUGUGGAAAAGCAAGUAUUCUUUCUUUUGAAAGAUUUGUAAUAGGACAUGCAUAAUAAAUCUCAUGUCAGCAAAUGAGCUUGGCAGCAAAUACCACAUUAAUUGAGGAUAACGUUAUGUAUGUAAGUUUUCAUACCUGUGCAGAAUAAGAUAUUUCUGUCAAAACAAGAAAAAA